AAUUCGACUGCGCUCGCGACAGUCAUCGGCAUCCCAUUCGAGAGGGUUGUCCGCGUGACCGCAACGGCCUCCGCGGAACACACAUGUGUGAUAAUACGCAACAACAAUAGUUAUUAUUAUUUUUCGUCAUCGCAAUAAUAUUAUCAUAACCAUUACUAUAAUAGUAUUGUUGCCGUUAUUACAUAAAGCCACGCGGCCGCCAACGCGUGUGUGCGUGCAGAUACAAUUUUUCAGACAUUGAACAGCAUAAUAUUAUAAUUUUUUUUUCAUACCCGCGCAGCACACGGAAAUACGACAUUCGACCGUAUUUUUAAUUUUUAAUUAAUUUUCACUCAACUAUGAUCUUCGGGCACACGUGGAUUUUCGUCUGUACGUUGGUUGCGUACUGCUGCGGAGAUUUCAGUUCAGACACGGAUGUGCUGUGUAAAAACAGUCUGGACACUUGUCUGAAGAACGUGUCCGUCCUAUUGGAUCACACCGGUCUGAACGGUAUUCCGAAAUCGAAGGCUGACGUGGACGUAGUUUGCAAAGGGUUCAAAAUGGGAAUGAAGUGCUUCGAUGAUUUUUCAAAUUUAUGUCUAUCAUUAGAAGAAAAAAACAUGGUCAGCGACAACGUAAUUGGAGCCAAAUAUACCUUCAAAUUUUUGUGCGACGACGAAAAAUUUCAAAAAGACUACUUGAAGUAUACGGACUGUUACCGGGCGAUCAACUCGGACUGGGACUCGUGCACCGCACAGUUCAUGUCUCUGGUCCGCGACGAGAUGAGCGGCAACCAGUCAGAGGACGCCAAGGUGCUGAACCUGUGUUGCGCAAAACAUGGUUUUCUGAACUGUGUCUAUACUACAAGUAAAAUCAAGUGUGGUAUAGAAGAAGCUAUUUUUAUAAGAAAAAUUGCUGAUACAUUAUCUGAAAAUAAAUUUGUGUCAUCAGCGUGUCGACAUAUUGAAUUGGGACAUUGUAACAUAGCUCAACAAACAGCGUACAGUGUAUUCACAAUAAUGUUUAAUAUAUUUAUAGUUACAUGGUAUUACAAAAUAUAAUGUAAAAAUAUCUUGUGACAAAAAUUAUUUUAUAUUUUUUAUUGUAAACAAUAAGUAAACAUAUGUUGUAUUGUUAAUACUAACUAGUAACUAGUAUAAUAUAUAGGAUACACAAGGAACGUAAGUUAUCAAUAAAUUAUUAUUUUUAAGACACUAAGGUUUGUCCUUUACACAUUUUAUGUUUGUAGCUAUUAAUUAAUAAAAAAUAAUUGAAGAAAGCCAAAUAAUUUAAAUAAAGUAGUUAGUAUUUUUAAUUGUGUAGAUACUAUUUAUUGCAACUAACUACAUUUGUCGAGCCAGGACUAAAUUAAUUUUUCCUGAUAACUGCUUAUUGUGUAUCCUUUAUACCACAGUUCAUGAUGUAUAUCAAUCAUAAUAAUAUAAUGAGAUCAUAUAUAAACAGUGAUUAUUAUGCAAAUUAUAAAAAAUGUAAUCAAAUUAAUUUUUUUUAUAUACAUAAUAUUUAUGUAAUAUAACAUGUUCUCAAUUUAA